UCGUGCUGCGUCCCCUUGAGUCUCCCUCCCCAUGUCUUCUCACAAGACUUUCAGAAUCAAGAGGUUUCUGGCCAAGAAGCAGAAACAAAAUCGUCCCAUUCCCCAAUGGAUUCGUAUGAAGACUGGCAAUAAAAUCAGGUACAAUUCCAAGAGGAGACACAGGAGAAGAACCAAGCUGGGUCUAUAAAGAUUGCACGUGAUA